AAAUUGCGAAAAAAGAAUUGUUUCACUUUGAGCAUUGUUGAUAUGUCUAUAUCGUCGACUUCUGGAUCACUACAGUCACAUCUCUCAUCUUUUAAGGAGAAACUUCUGUCGCUUUCUCCAAUUUGUCCAAGAUGUCAGGAGUUUCUGGAUCUAUGCGACUUUAAGCAAAUUGUGCCUUUGAGUCAUUCCGAAAGUCUUAAGCUGUCAACUUCUCGUGUUGUGGAAAAUUGCUUUUUAUGUUCACAAUUUUUGGGUCUAUACUUGGCUGAACCUGCGCAACAAGCCGAGUAUAUUGAAGCUCUGAGACUCAAUCCUCAACUUGUUUUUGAUGGUUUUCAGCAAUGGUCAUUUUGUUAUAACAUCAAUUCCCACAGUAUUGCUAGAAUAUUUCCCCCGUAUCAUCAUACUGAAGAGGAAAUAAGAAAUAGAAGCGAUAGCAUAUCAUCAGAGCUGCAAAUGCUCGGAGUGUAUUCGCAAAAAGAUCUCGCUGGCUUCGAGAGUUUUAUCCCAGUAGCUUCUUUCACGGGAUCUGAUGAGAGUCUGAAUUUUUCAAAACAAUGGUUACAAAACUGUAAUGAAAACCAUGUUUCCUGCUCACGCACAGCUACCACGUACCCAAAUUUCCUUCCUACUCGCCUCAUUGAUAUCGGAAUAGAAAAGUCGGUGAUCGCUCCACGGCUUUGUUUAAGAAAAGACAUUCCGUCAAAUGCAGUCUACUUCACUUUAAGUCAUUGUUGGGGGAAAGCCGUGCCAAAAAUUACUCUUCUUCAAUCAAAUAUCGAGUUUAUGCUUCGUGAGAUAAGCUUUUCACACCUUUCAAAUACCUUCCAGGAUGCAUUAUGGCUAGUCCAGAAAUUAGGAGGACGAUAUAUCUGGAUUGAUUCGUUAUGCAUUGUUCAAGAUUCUGAGACUGAUUGGUUGGUAGAGUCCGCCAGUAUGUGUGAUGUUUACUCGAAUGGUUACUGCAAUAUCUGUGCCACAGCUGCAAAAGAUGGCAGUGAAGGGUUGUUCCGUGAUAGAAAGCCGUUACAGGUUCAGCAAGGUUGGUUCCAAACAGCUAGCGAUGAGGAUGAUCAUUGUGUCUUUGACGCAUAUUCAUGGGCAAAAGAGGUGGAAAAUAGCGUGUUAACCUCUAGGGCUUGGGUCUGCCAAGAACGCCUAUUAUCUAGACGAAAUCUUCACUUUGGAUCUAAGCAAUUGUUUUGGGAAUGUCGAGAUCAUGAGGCUUCUGAAACAUUUCCAAAAGGCGUUCCAGAAGCAGUCUUUAAACGCUCCAUUGUGAAAUCCGAGGUCAAGGUACUUCUUAAUAGUAUCGAUAAAUGUCAAGCAGACAUGUCUUUCAAAGGUGCACAAAUCUGGGAGGAAAUCGUACAAUUGUUUAUGAGAAGUAAUAUAACUUUCAAAACGGACAGACUUGUUGCAAUCGGAGGAAUGGCAAACGCAGCGUCUCAGACCAUAGGGGGAAAAUACUUAGCAGGAGUAUGGGAAAACCAUCUGCUAUCUGGUAUUCUUUGGAAUGCUGGAUAUAACCCGUCCAAAACUUCCAAAUUUUCUUUAGCUCCCCCAGAAACACAAGAAUUCAUCGCCCCUAGCUGGUCUUGGGCAUCUUUCAAUGCAGAAAUAGACUUUCCUCCUCCAAGGACCCACAGAAGUGAAGGUAUUGAGCAAUUUCUUCAGAUCUUGGAAACACAUGUAGAUCUAGCAAUUGAUAACCCAUUUGGGAAAGUAUGCGGUGGGUAUAUCAAACUCAAGGGAGAGAUCGCGUCCGCUACUUGUUAUCAACCAAAAAUUUCCGGCUCGCAGCUUUCGAGUCAAGAUUUUGAGAUUCUCUUCGGACGAGAUGGUAGAGAAUUGGAAAGUCUUAGCUCAACGCUCGCCUAUUAUGACUUUGAAGAUAUGACGGAAAUUGAUCACAAGGAAGUAUAUCUUCUCCCUGUCUGUAGACUCCCCUCAUGGUAUGAUACUUGGGAGGUUAGGGCUCUCAUACUUUUUCCGACAAACAGAGCCAGAUGGGAGUUCCGAAGGUGUGGUGUGUUUAUCUAUAGCACUGAUGAGGCCCACGAGGAUUUGAUGUCUGAAUGUACAUCUUUUAGCCGCGGCGAGAAAUAUGAAUCGUCCGAAUUCGGACGACAAGAUGAUGGAAAAUUUAUCAUCAAGAUAUUUUGAUAAUUGAUGUUGUGUUAAUAUAUAUAUUCAAAUCCACUCAGCUUAUGAUUCGUCAAGUCACUAUCAGAAUUCGUUUGCCUCAUUCAGCUUCA